AUGGGAAUUGGAAUCGAUAUCCUUAAGGUGUCUAGGAUUCAGGCGCUCCUUGAAAAAUCGAAAUAUACAGAGUCGCGAUUUCUAGAGAAAUGUCUUCAUCCCAAAGAGAUCAAUCAAUAUCGAUUGUUAAAAGGAUCACAGAACAAUAUUGAUCAGCGAGCGAAAUGGCUAGGUGUUCGUUGGUCCGUGAAGGAAGCUGCAUUUAAGGCUUUGCAGCCUUCUUACUACAUUUAUAUGCCAUUUAUGGAAUAUAAACAUAACAAGAAAGGAAUGCCUUUAAUUCAUAUUCAUAAGGACAACUUAUCUAUUCCUCCUAUUUAUGUGUCUGUUAGUCAUGAUGGUGAAUACAUUGUAUCAAAUGCCUUACAUUUCCCAUAG